AUGCAAGCUACUACUACUGCUACUACUAGCAGUACUAGCAGUGCGGAAGGAAGCUGCAAUCGGUGGGAAAGCUGCCCCAAGCGAAAGCAAGACCAAGCUGCUCCAGCGUCUCCCCCCAGGCAUGCUAGCAGUGGUACUAACAGCAGCAGCAGACGCGGGUCUCCUUCUCCGCCUAGCCUCAGCAGUACCUUUAGCGGUAAUGGUAACUGCACCAGCACAAGCAAGCCUCAGUUGCCCAAGAGAACGGCGUCUCUGGAAUGUGAUCAGAGAUCUCCUUCUUGUUACUAUGGCUCUUCUGCUACUACUGCUGCUACUGUUGCUACGGUGGAGGAUGACGGCAGCAGUACCAGCUCUACUAGCAGUGGCUACAGUGCUUGCAGUACUACUAGUACUAGUAGUAGCUCCCCAAGCUACCAUCCCGUCUUGGUCAUGGCAUCUCGCGAGCGCAUCCGCAAGAGGCAAGGCCAAUCCCUGCUGCAAAAACAGUGGAGGAGGGAUGACUGUCUUCGAGUAGUAUCCGGCAAGAAGGUGGAAGGAGCGCCUCCCACGUUGCCCCAACGAACCACACUUGAGAUAUUGGACAUGGCUCUGCAAGAAACUAGUACCAGUAGUCCGACCAUGUCGUCGAUCGCUGCCUAG